CUCGCAAAUACGCCAGUUGUAAGAAGAGGAGCCCAGCUGACGCACUAUGCAUAUCAGAAAGGUAAAUUGAAACUAUUAUUAGACACUGUAGUGACUUACGUGUCUUCUGAUUGGCCAGUAGCUUACGACUGAAUAUGAAAUUCACGCAACCACACAAAUUCAGUUACCUGCUAGCAGAUAACUGAAUUAUGUGCAUGCAUGUGGGUUGAGCCUGCGGCAUGUAAUUUUUUAGCAAACGGCAAAAAGCAGACAUUUUUAUCCUUUUUGACAUUUUUAUCAGACUACUUUAGUAGAUAAGUGCAUUAGACUUCUAAUAUUUUAUCCUGUUUUUGCGAUAUUUUGAAUCGUUUUCACUGCUUUUGCCUUUUUUUUUCAGAACCAAACGUUUUGUGUGACAAAUUAUUUUUUAUCGAAGGAAUAAUUGAAUAUAGUUAUUGAAUUAGGUCUUUGUGAUAUCCCGAAUUAUCAUGGUCUCGGUAAGUAUUAUCAAUCUUGCCUUCGGCUCGACUGAUAACACUUACCUCAACCUUGAUAAUUCUGGAUACCUUAUUUCAUAAAUAUGUAGCCUACAAUACAUACAGGCAAUUCAAAAAACUGGUUGUCCUUUUCGCAAAACUCUAAACCUUAGGGGGCGAUUACAUAUAGCAUUUUCAAGCCCGGGGUUGAACUCAGCCCUGUUUACCGGGUUGAAAUUUCAGCCCUGUCUGUAAUACAAAACUCUAUCAUAAUCAAACGCGCGAUUACAUGACAAAAUUUUCAACGCCGAGUUCAACCCUGCUUCAGCUAGCAGGGUUGAAAUUUCAACCCCGGGGUUGAACUCAGCCCAGCUGGGUUGAAAAUUGUGUCAUGUAAUCGUUUCAGGGCUGAAAUUAUCAUGAGUUAUUCGAACAUGCGCAUGGUAGUGACUAUUUAUUACAAGAAAACAAAAUGAAGGCUUUCUUUACUCCGGGAAUCAAUGCCGAGAAGGUAUAGUAUAGCGUUUCAACCCCGGACUUGAAAUCGUCCAUGUAAUCGCAAAAAUUUCAACCCAGUUAACAGGGCUGAGUUCUACCUCGGGGUUGCAUGAAAGUUCUCCAUAUAAUCGGCCCCUUAAACUCAAAGCGCGCAAAGCUUAAUGGGAGCACAAGUUUCAAGCUUAGUAGUUGAAUAUUGCCACAGUUAAUACUACAAAGUACUAGAGGACAUGCCGAGACUUCAUUCCUCUGCCACCGAAUUAAGUUGUGUAUAUCAUGCAUAAAAUGUCAAAAUUUUAACUUGAAUUUUACGUUUUCAUUACGUUCCUGGAUACAUAUCUUCUAGUGUAACUUUACUCUUUCGAUCACUUGUCAUCCGGGCAGGUGGCAUGGUUAUGAAUAUCGUUUGCUCUGAAUAAUAGUUUACUUAAUACUUGUCGCUACGUGUUACUCACCUUCAGCACAUGUAAAUAACAGAAAAAUAGCGAGAGGAAAAUUCAAGACGGAAAAUAUUUCACUAAAAUGGGUAAUGGUUGUUUAUGUUUACUCAUUAGCAUGCACAAAUUGGGAAUAACACCUUAAUAAUGAGAUAAACAGCUUUUCUGUCAAAUCUACAAUCUGGACAUGAAAGUUCUGAGACGGCAGAAAAUAGACACUAUUUCAAAGUUUGUUUGUCUUUUUAUCACUUAGGAAUGAAAAAGUUGACAGAUGUAUCUGAGACAGGAAAAAUGCCAUCGGGAGAAAAACCAAUGUCGUUAUCUUCGUUUGCAAGAACAUUUGCGAGAAACUUACAAAAAGAAAUUGACAAGGAAAUCAAAAAAUAA